AUGUUUCCAUUGAAAAAUAAAGAAAUAAACUUUUCCUCGGUGCCUAACUUGCUUCCUCUCUCUCUGUCUCCCUCUCUCUCUCUCUCUCUUUCUCUCUCACUUUCACUCUUUAACUCUCUCUCUCUCACUCACUCUCUCUUUCUCUCUCACUCACUCUCUCUUUCUCUCUCACUAUCUCUCACCUUCACUCUCUCUCACUUUUUCUCUAUAACUCUCACUCGCUCUUUUUCUCUCUCCCUCUCUCUCUUUUUCAUAAAUAUAGCAUUUAUAUCAAAUGUAGGCAAACAUAUACACUUCUUGUCUUCUGGAGUUGUCUUUCUUGACAGAGGCGAUCACACUAAAGUUGUCUUCCUCUCUUUUCUUUCUUCUCUAGGCCGUCUUCUCCCGGUCGGCUUCUUGUCUUCUGGAGUUGUCUUUCUUGAUAGAGGCGAUCACACUAAAGUUGUCUUCCUCUCUUUUCUUUCUUCUCUAGGCCGUCUUCUCCCGGGCGACGAACAUGAUGUGACUGGAAAGAAGGUAGGACUUAAUUUCAGAGACUUGCUUAAUCCCAACCUCCCUAUCUCUCUCUCUCUCUCUUUCACUCUCUCUUUCUCUCUCUCUCUCUUUCUCUCACUCACUCUCUAUCUGUCUGUCUGUCUCUCUCUCUCUCUCACACACACACACACAUACAUACACUGA